CCCACCUCUUUAAUGCCGUUGUGUCUAUGGAAUACUUUCGCUUGGAUUUGCAUGCCCUGCAUGAGUAGCGAGUACUUGGUCAAAGCUCAUAUUUUAUCCAGUUGUGACCCGGUAUUUUUCGUUGCUCCAUAAUAAUACCUGCACACAAGUUGAACUUUGCGCCGAGCGCCCGAGAUGGGCAGUACCCAUCAUCCUUCUUACGGUCCUUGUCCACGCUGGUAUCGGUAUCCUCUGGUAUCCUCUUAGACAUUCAGGAGCUUAUCUUCGUGUAGCGAUCGUGUGCGUCUUUAUCUAGGGACGCUCUUACCCCAAGGGCAGCUGCGCUGUAACAUGACUUGUUUAAAGCUAGAGAGAAGUUUCACCAUGAGCCCUAGGCCUUCCUUUCCCCGAGGCAUCGACUUGACCAGCAGUCCUAGGUACGAUGGCUUCCAGCGAAGACCAGCCAGUUAGCUUUGCCCAGAGGGCAAACGCGAUCUUUACCGUUUGGUUCACUGGAAUUGCUAUUCUCUCCGACGGUUAUAAUGGUGCUAUUAUUGGGAAUUUGGAUCUCAUCUUCACGGCUCUAUAUCCUGAGUCCUUUACUACCGACAUCUAUACUCGUGUCAGUCAUGCCUUCAUGAUUGGAGAGAUCAUCGGGAUGUGUGCUUUCGCGGUCAUAGUCGACAGAAUUGGACGAAAGGCAGGUGUCGUAGCCACGACCUUGAUCCUCAUCGUCGGUGUCAUCCUCUCAGCAGCAGCGUCCGGCAGAGACCAGAAUGGCAUGUUCUGGAUGCUAAUCGUCGCUCGUGGUUUAGUAGGAGUUGGAGCAGGCGGAGAAUAUCCAGUUUGCGGUGCUAGUGCUAUCGAAGUCAGCAACGGUCCACUGACGAGGAAGCGGAGAGGUCUCAUGAUGAGUCUUACCUGCGAUCUCAUGGCAGACUUGGGCUUCGUCAUUGGUGGAAUCGUCCCACUCGUUGUCCUCUUCGCUUUCCACCAGAGCCAUUUCGAAGUCGUGUGGAGACUUUGCCUUGCGAUUGGCGCGGUUCUCCCCUUGUCCAUCUUCUACUUCCGGCUGAAGAUGAUUUCAAACACGCAAUAUGAAAAACAUGCUCUGCGGUCGAAUGUACCAUACAAGUUGAUCUUCAAGCGCUACUGGAGGUCGAUUCUCGGCACGAGCAUCCUCUUCUUCCUUUACGACUACAUUGCCUGGCCCUUCUCACUCUUCUCCUCCGUCAUUUUCUCCCACUUCAACGCCGGCGAGUCCAUCUGGAAAUCAAUCGCCUGGGGAACUCUCGUCAAUGCAUUCUACGUCCCGGGCUGUCUCAUUGGCGGUUACAUCGCAGACACCAAAUUCGGUCGUCGCAAGACUAUUGCUAUGGGUUUCACGAUCCAGGCGAUUUUGGGUUUCAUCAUCGGAGGUGCUUUCAAUCCGUUGACGAAUAAUGCGUUUGGAGCGUUCGUGUUCUUGUAUGGGCUUUUCGUGGCUGUUGGUGAGGUCGGGCCGGGAUCUUGUGUGAUCCUCGUCUCAGGCGAGAGCUUCCCUACCCCCAUCCGUGGCCACUUCCUCGGCCUCGCCUCUGCAUUCGGAAAGGCUGGUUCCGCAAUCGGCUCCACAGUUUUCACCUCCAUUCUCGCCCGAUACUCCAACUCCUCCGACCCGAACAAAGGGUCCCAAGUCGCGUUCCUCAUCGGUUCAGCAUUUGCCGUGCUCGGUGCAAUAUGUGCAUUGUUAUUGCUUCCCGACACGCCGAAGGAUUUGGAGGUGGAGGAUGAGGCGUUCAGGGAAUAUUUGGAGGCGAAUGGGUUUGACACGAGUCAGAUGGGGAUGGGUGUUGCGAGGCGCGAGAAGACGACGGAUGAGGAGGUUGGGGAUGAGAAGGUGGUUAUGGAGAAAGGUGAGAAGCAGGUGGUUGUCGCGGAGCAGCCUGUCGUGGGGUAUUGAGUAGAGUAGUCGUGACUAGCUUCGUACUCUGUCAUCACAUAUAUUUAGACCAG